UUGUAAAUGAAAAUGACAAAUAAAAUGGAUACAAAAUUAAGAAUAUAUAUUUGAACAUAUUUGGUUACUAGAAGACAACAUUUGCGUUAUUUUGUAAUAAAACAGCAAUCGUUACAAAUGAGUUUUUUCACAGACACAAGCGGCUUAUUGACCUCCAAAAUUUCCAAAAUGUUGUCGACUGUCGGUAGGGCCUUGCGAAAUUCUUCUACACAGAAAACACUAUUUAUUGGAUCAAGAUGUGCAUCAACAGAGGCAACAUUUGAAGUGGCACAAUGCAAACUACAUAAGCUAGAGCAAGGUCCUGCUACUACAGUCACCUGUACCAGGGAGGAUGCAUUGAAAUACUACAGACAGAUGCAAACCAUCAGAAGAAUGGAAACAACAGCAGGGAACCUGUACAAAAGUAAACAGAUCAGAGGAUUCUGUCAUCUGUAUUCUGGACAGGAAGCCUGUUGUGUAGGUAUGGAGAAUUCCAUCACACCAGACGACUCUGUAAUUACAGCAUACAGAGCUCAUGGUUGGGCCUACAUUAGAGGUAUAUCUGUCCGUGGUGUACUGGCUGAAUUAAUUGGCAAAAAGACAGGAUGUGCACAAGGAAAAGGAGGAUCUAUGCACAUGUAUGCUAAAAAUUUCUAUGGUGGCAAUGGGAUUGUAGGAGCACAGGUUCCAUUAGGAGCAGGUAUAGCCUUCACCCAGAAAUACCUGAACAAUGGUAAUAUUUGUAUAGCACUAUAUGGGGACGGAGCAGCUAACCAGGGCCAAGUCUAUGAGGCAUUUAACAUUGCUAUGUUAUGGAAACUUCCGUGUAUAUUUGUCUGUGAGAACAAUGGUUAUGGUAUGGGUACCAGUGUAGAGCGGGCAUCUUAUAGUACAGAUUAUUAUACCAGGGGAGAUUAUAUGCCAGGACUUAGGGUAGAUGGUAUGGAUGUAUUAGCAGUAAAGGAAGCCACUAGAUUUGCUAAAGACUAUGUACUAAAGAAUGGUCCUCUUCUUAUAGAGUGUGCUACUUAUAGAUACUCAGGCCACAGUAUGAGUGAUCCAGGAACAAGCUACAGAACGAGAGAAGAAAUACAGGAAGUAAGACAAACUAGAGAUCCUAUCACAAGUUUUAAACAGAAAUUACUAGAAACCAAUUUGGUAACAGAAGAUGAAAUGAAGAAAAUAGAUCAAGACGUUAGAAAAGAAGUAACUGAAUCAGAGAAGCAAGCUAUAGCUGAUACUGGUCCCCCACUUGAGGACAUGUAUGAUCAUAUAUAUGUACAGCCAGAAGCAGAUUUUAAAGUCAGAACAUGUGAUCCUUUAACAAUGGUGGCUUCACGAUAACAGUUCCUAUAGACCAUACUCAAUUAUUUGUCAAUUAGUGUUAUUUAUAUUAUUUAAGAUUAGAUUUUGUAGGGGUGCAAUGAUCUUUUAUACAUAUCACAAAAAUUCAAGUGUUGUAUGUUUAUAAGAGAUAGUCUAACUACUAAAAAAAACGUCAUUCAUGAAAUGUUUGUUUAAUGAUCGGCAAAAUAGAUAAGUAAAUAUCUGGACAUACAAUGUAAGUAUAGGAGAAAGUUAUUUUAAUAGAGUUUUUAAUGAUUAGACUCUGCACCCCUAAUAAUUUGUGAUACAAUCAAACGAUAUUUUAAAAGAACUAACAAAAAUUAAAAAAAUAAAGAAAAUAAAUAUACUUGUAACAAAAGUGUUUUAAGACUGAGAUAGACCUUGAAUCAAGGCUUCCAAAACGGUCAUAUAUGCUGGUCAUUUGUAUAAUGUCCGGUAAAAGACCGGCUGGGCAAAGCAUGAAACAGACAUCUACUUUUUAGUUUCAAAGGCUUUUUCGGUCAUUUUAACAUAUAAUUCACGAUCUUUUUGACCCAACAUUUUACCUUUAACAGCCAUACAUUUCCGGUCAUAAAAGUGACAUGAUGAUUAAUUACUAUCAAAACAACCCCUACUUCAAUACUUUCUAAUUUUAAUCAAGGCUAAUUAGUCGUUGGACAGCUGAAAACUACCUGUUCAGGUGACAGGUAAACUAUUUUUUACCGGACAUCGUAUAAAUUAAUCGGUCCAUUCCCAAUUAUUUUCGUACAUUUCAGCAGCUUGUAUCUUAUUGAUUUAAAAUAUAUAAUAAAUACAUUUAUAAACAUGAUUUGAUAAAUCAUUUAAAAAGGUUUUAAAUGAAAAAUCGUCAGCACUACGUUGUAUGAACAAGAACACGUGUGCGCAUGUGCACAGGUAGGAAAUUCAAUUAUGCAUCCUACAUUUCUUAAAAAAUGCUAAAAGUAUCAAUGAUACCUGUAUCCAACGUUCAUUUCAAGUAUUUUGUUGAAGAAAUAACGUGGAAAGAGCUUCUUCUCUCAGUAGUUCUAUGUUAACGUGCACGGAUUUUACGUAUCCGUUUAUGGUCCAUGUUUUACCAUUAUCAAGUCAACAUCCGGUUUUGAAAAAUGUGACUUUAAAAACGAAAAUAAAGUUCUAGACAACUUCAUUUUCCACAAAUAAAGAGUCUAAUGCAGAUAUGAGCACGCUGAUGUGCAGAAUUUGAAUGAUGCAAUGCCAAUUUUAACAGUUUAUGUCAGAACAUCAAAUUCAUAUCAAAGUAAAGUUUAAUAUCGAUUUUAAUUUAAUGUCAAUCAUUGGGAAGGCCAUCUGAUUACCAUGAUUGCCUUUUGUGACUUUGUUUUAGGAAUUAAAAUUCGGAUGAGAUAUAAAAUGUCCGGCUGGCUCAGAAAAUUUUUGGAAGCCCUGCCUUGAAUCCUUGAAAGUUAGUAGUUAACUGACUGAGAAACACAGCAUCUCAGGUCAGACCAAGCAUAAACCAUAAAUAUCUUAUUAGAAUCUCAAUCAAACAAAUAAUUUCUUAUUUUCCAGUGUACUUUUUUUUCCAGUUGUAAUAGUGUCUACAUUUAAAAUGACAUAACUAAUUUUAAAAAAACAAAAUUUUUAAGAUAUUUGGUCAAGAGGGUAAAAAAAAAAAAGUCUUUCGUCCUUUUGUCAUAUUGUUUUAAUUUUUUUUUUUUAAUCUGAAUGGCAUAAAACAGGAAUGGUUCCACUGAAUUAGUUUUAUUUAAUGAGUUAUUAAUGUUUUGUUGAUAUAUUUACUUCGUCAAAUUGUCAAUUCUGCUGAGAUUAAACUGAAAAAAAACUAUAAACAGCUGAUACAAUUAAAAAAGGUAGAUAUAUCAUCUCAGGUCCUAAUUAUCUACUCAAAGUUUGACACAUAAGCAAAUUUAUUUUGAAAAAAAAUCAGCAACAUUUGAGAAGUUUUAUUUGUAAUAAAUGUAUACAGUAUACAUUUUUGUGGAAAAUUGUAAAUAAAACGGUAAAUGCAUACCUCAUCUGAAAUUUCAAAAGCUUCUGAGAAGCUUUGGUUGUUUUAUUACUUUUACAUUUGUGAUGACAUAUUGCAUUAUGAGUCAAGCAUUUUAUGUACAAUUGAGUUUGUUUUUAUUUGAAUAUGCAAUAAAAUUAAAACAACAAUA